GUCUAUUUCUUGUGUUGAGCUCAACUAACAAUACUGUAAACUCCCCGUGUUAGAUUUUAGCAUGUGGCUCAGCUCCUGAUGGAGAAUCUGAGCAAAAGCAAAAUCUGACGAGCUCAUGCUUCUCUAGAUUUUAUUCCUUCUUCAUUUUUCCCUCUUAAAAUCUUUCAAUGUUCAACUGCCAGUUGUCCUCCACCCUCCUCUUUCAGUGGUUGGAAUUCAUUGUAUGUGGCUAAAUGCCUCAAUCUCAAUGUAGCAUUUAAGUAGCCAGGGCUUGCUUGCUCGUUCUCUAUAUCAGUUUGGUGGGAUCAUAUCUAACGAGCAAUCAAUGUUUUGUCGGUUGAGGCAUUUAAUACAAUUUUAAAUCUUUGAGCUCGCUUGACAACUCCGUUGAUUUCCCCCAACCAACUCUCUUAUUCUCUUCAUCGGUGGAUCUUUCUCGGUCAUUUUCAGCUUCAUAAUAAUAAUAUUAAUAUUACUACAUCUUCCCUUAUGUUUAUUUAUUUAUCAUGUAUAUGGUUUGAUUCCAUGGCACCAUUGUUUCAUUUCUAUGCUUUACUUCUUCCUUUCCUUUGAUGCUUAAAGUGACUCACCCCAUUUGAAGCUCAUUCUUAUUUCAAUGCUUUUCUUCUUUUUCUCUCAUACUGCUGUCGAAGUCUUUGUCUUUCAAGCUAUACCCUCUAAUGAUCACCGACUGGAGAUUGUUGUCUUCUUGGUUUUGGAAGAGUUUUUGAAGCUUUUCUGAGUCAUGGUUCCAAAAGGGCAGGCUUGCUAUUAGUUUUCAUCAAGUUCCUAAAAUCAUGCCAUUGAAAAAGAUGAAUCUCGUUCCUUCAAAAGCAGAAACUUUACCAGAAGAGAAACUUUCUCUCUUGGAAUUGCCAGAGUUACCAUUGGAAUGCAUUCUUAAGAAGCUUUCACCAGCUGGGUUGUGUAGCAUGGCUGGAGUUUGUAGUUCUUUGAGAGAUAGAUGUACAAGUGACCAUUUGUGGAAGAGACACAUGGAGCAGAAAUGGGGAAAAUUGAUUGGUGAUGCAGCUUAUAGAGAAUGGCAAUGGCAUGUAGUUUCUAACAAGAGAGCAAGCCUCCAGAAGCAAACCAAACAAAAAGGUUUUUUCACUUCUCUUUAUAACCUUUUGCCCUUUUCUUGGAAUAGACCAAAGAUGGAAAAAAACUGUGAGCCAAGAAGUUCAUUGCCAGCUGAUUCAAUUAUGGCUUGGUAUGUCUCUCUUGAGAGUGGCAAAUUCUGGUUCUCAGCACAGGUUUAUAAUCGUGAGAAUGGCCAUGCUGGAUUUCUACUGUCAUGUUAUGAUGCUGAGCUUAGCUAUGAUUCUCGAACAAACACUUUCCGAGCAAGGUACACGAAUCUGGGACGCCGGACGAAUGAGGAAAACAUCUCAUGGAAUAGACUAAGAGCACCACCAACUGAUACUCCUUCAAAUGUUCUUCACAUCUCAGAUUGUUUAGAUGACUUGAAGCCUGGUGAUCAUAUUGAGAUCCAGUGGAGAAGAAACAAAGAAUUCCCUUAUGGUUGGUGGUAUGGUGUUGUUGGUCACUUGGAAUCAUGUGACAGAAAUGGCAAUCACUGCCAUUGCCACUGUAGUGAUAUGAUGGUUUUGGAGUUCAACCAGUAUCCUGCUGGCUCGCAAUGGAGACAAACGAUGAUAAACCGAAGAGAGCAUCGCGAAGUAGGCAAUGAGAUUAAUGGGUUUUAUGGAGGAAUCAGAAAGCUUUACAAGGAAGAAGAGAUAGCAAUAUGGAAGAGCUUCUGGACUGCCCAUGCCCUGGACUAAAAUAUGAUGAAACCAUUAUCCAGUUUGUACAUAAGCCCUCUCUUCAUUUUUUCCUUCUGAGCUGAGAAUUUGAGGGGAUUAAUUACAGAAGAUGUAGAGUCUAUUAAACUUGAUUAAUUUUGCUCUUCACACACAGUCUACCAAAAUAUGUAAUCUUCAUUGAAACUCAUUUAAAUUGAAUACCAACCUGACUUGUAAUUGAUGGUUUUUCUUUUA